GUUGAGCCUUCCAAGAAGAGGCAGCUUUUGUCGGACAAGUAACCGCAAGAGUUUGAUUAUGACCUCUAGUACAUCACCUACCCUACCACGGCCACACUCACCGCUUCCUGGCCACACAGGUAACAGUCCUUUGGAUAGCCCUCGGAAUUUCUCUCCAAAUGCACCUGCUCACUUUUCCUUUGUUCCUGCCCGUAGCCAUGGCCACAGAGCUGACAGGACUGAUGGACGGCGCUGGUCUUUGGCCUCUUUGCCUUCUUCAGGCUAUGGAACCAACACUCCUAGCUCUACUGUCUCAUCAUCAUGUUCCUCACAGGAAAAGCUUCACCAGUUGCCCUUCCAGCCUACAGCUGAUGAGCUGCACUUUUUAACAAAGCAUUUCAGCACAGAGAGUGUACCAGAUGAGGAGGGACGGCAGUCCCCAGCCAUGCGGCCCCGUUCUCGCAGCCUCAGUCCUGGACGGUCCCCAGUUUCCUUUGAUAGUGAAAUAAUAAUGAUGAAUCAUGUGUACAAAGAAAGAUUUCCCAAGGCCACCGCACAAAUGGAAGAGCGUCUUGCAGAAUUCAUUUCCUCCAACACUCCGGACAGUGUGUUGCCCUUGGCAGAUGGAACCUUGAGCUUUAUUCAUCAUCAGGUGAUUGAGAUGGCCCGAGACUGCCUGGAUAAAUCUCGGAGUCGUCUCAUUACAUCACACUACUUCUACGAGCUUCAAGAGAAUUUAGAGAAACUUCUGCAAGAUGCUCAUGAGCGCUCAGAGAGUUCAGAAGUGGCUUUUGUGAUGCAGCUGGUGAAGAAGCUAAUGAUUGUCAUUGCCCGCCCAGCUCGGCUCUUGGAAUGCCUGGAGUUUGACCCUGAAGAGUUCUACCACCUGUUAGAAGCAGCCGAGGGCCAUGCCAAAGAGGGACAAGGGAUUAAAUGUGACAUUCCCCGCUACAUCGUUAGUCAACUGGGCCUCACACGGGAUCCCCUAGAGGAAAUGGCCCAGUUGAGCAGCUAUGACAGUCCUGACACUCCAGAGACAGAUGAUUCAGUUGAGGGCCGUGGGGCAUCUCUGGCUAAAAAGACACCCUCUGAAGAGGACUUCGAGACCAUUAAGCUCAUCAGCAAUGGCGCCUAUGGGGCUGUAUUCCUGGUGCGGCAUAAGUCCACUCGGCAGCGCUUUGCCAUGAAGAAGGUCAACAAGCAGAACUUGAUCCUACGGAACCAGAUCCAGCAGGCCUUUGUGGAGCGUGACAUAUUGACUUUUGCUGAGAACCCCUUUGUCGUCAGCAUGUUCUGUUCCUUUGAGACCAAGCGCCACCUGUGCAUGGUGAUGGAGUAUGUAGAAGGAGGAGACUGUGCUACUCUGCUUAAGAACAUCGGGGCCCUGCCUGUGGACAUGGUGCGUCUGUACUUCGCAGAAACCGUGCUAGCCCUGGAGUACUUACACAACUACGGCAUCGUGCACCGUGAUCUCAAGCCUGACAACCUCCUGAUUACAUCCAUGGGGCACAUCAAGCUUACUGACUUUGGCCUUUCUAAAAUUGGCCUCAUGAGCCUGACAACAAACUUGUAUGAGGGCCACAUUGAAAAGGAUGCCCGGGAGUUCCUGGACAAGCAGGUAUGCGGGACCCCGGAGUACAUUGCGCCGGAAGUGAUCCUGCGUCAGGGCUAUGGGAAGCCAGUGGACUGGUGGGCCAUGGGCAUAAUCCUGUAUGAGUUCCUGGUGGGUUGCGUCCCUUUCUUUGGAGAUACUCCGGAGGAGCUCUUUGGGCAAGUGAUCAGUGAUGAGAUUGUGUGGCCUGAGGGGGAGGAUGCACUGCCACCAGACGCCCAGGACCUCACCUCUAAACUGCUCCACCAGAACCCUCUGGAGAGACUGGGGACAGGCAGUGCUUCUGAGGUGAAGCAGCACCCAUUCUUUACUGGUCUGGACUGGACAGGACUUCUUCGCCAGAAGGCUGAAUUUAUUCCUCAACUGGAGUCAGAGGAUGAUACCAGCUACUUUGACACCCGCUCUGAGCGCUACCACCACGUGGACUCAGAGGACGAGGAAGAAGUGAGUGAGGAUGGCUGCCUGGAGAUCCGCCAGUUCUCAUCAUGCUCUCCAAGGUUCAGCAAGGUGUACAGUAGCAUGGAGCGGCUCUCAUUGCUCGAGGAGCGCCGGGUGCCACCCCCCACCAAACGCAGCCUGAGCGAAGAGAAGGACGACCGCUCCGAUGGCCUGGCAGGGCUGAAGGGCCGAGACCGGAGCUGGGUGAUUGGCUCCCCUGAGAUAUUGCGGAAGCGGCUGUCAGUGUCUGAGUCUUCCCACACCGAGAGCGACUCAAGCCCUCCACUGACAGUGCGACGCCGCUGCUCAGGCCUCCUGGAUGCUCCUCGCUUCCCUGAGGGCCCUGAGGAGGCUAGCAGCACCCCCAGGAGGCAGCAGCUGGAGGGUACAUGGCUUCUGACACCCCCUUCUGGAGAAGGGGUAUCUGGGCCUGUCCCUGAACGGCCAGUGGAGCGGCGGCUGAAGCUAGACGAGGAGCCCACUGGCCAGAGCUGCAGCUCCAGUCCAGCUCUGGAGACUCGAGGAGGCCGCGGGACCCCACAGCUGACCGAGGGAGCCACAGCCAAGGCCAUCAGUGACCUGGCGGUACGCAGGGCCCGCCACCGGCUGCUCUCCGGGGACUCUGCAGAAAAGCGCACCACUCGCCCCAUCAACAAAGUGAUCAAGUCCGCCUCAGCCACAACCCUGUCCCUUCUCAUUCCUGCAGAACACACCUGCUCUCCAUUGGCCAGCCCCAUGUCCCCACAUUCCCAGUCAUCCAACCCAUCAUCCAGGGACUCUUCUCCAAGCAGGGACUUUUUGCCAGCUCUCAGCAGCUCGAGGCCCCCCAUUGUCAUCCACCGAGCUGGCAAGAAGUAUGGCUUCACCCUACGGGCCAUUCGUGUCUACAUGGGUGACUCAGACGUCUACACUGUGCACCACAUGGUGUGGCACGUGGAGGAUGGAGGUCCAGCCAGUGAGGCGGGGCUUCGUCAGGGUGACCUCAUCACUCAUGUCAACGGGGAGCCUGUGCAUGGGUUAGUGCACACGGAAGUAGUGGAGCUGAUUCUAAAGAGUGGAAACAAGGUGUCUAUUUCAACAACGCCCUUGGAGAACACAUCUAUUAAAGUGGGGCCAGCUCGGAAGGGCAGCUACAAGGCCAAGAUGGCCCGAAGGAGUAAGCGGAGCCGAGGCAAAGAUGGGCAAGAAAGCAAGAAAAAGAGCUCCUUGUUCCGGAAGAUCACCAAGCAGGCAUCUCUGCUGCACACCAGCCGUAGCCUUUCUUCCCUUAACCGCUCCUUAUCAUCAGGGGAGAGUGGGCCAGGCUCUCCUACACACAGCCACAGCCUUUCCCCCCGAUCUCCCACUCAGGGCUACCGGGUGACCCCUGAUGCUCUGCAUUCAGUGGGAGGAAAUUCAUCACAGAGCAGCUCCCCCAGCUCCAGCGUGCCCAGUUCUCCAGCCGGCUCUGGACACACGCGACCCAGCUCCCUACACGGCCUGGCACCCAAGCUCCAGCGCCAGUACCGCUCUCCGCGGCGCAAGUCGGCCGGCAGCAUCCCUCUGUCACCGCUGGCCCACACCCCUUCCCCACCGCCAGCAGCUUCACCCCAGCGCUCCCCAUCGCCCCUGUCUGGCCAUGGAGCCCAGGCCUUCCCCACCAAGCUUCACUUGUCACCUCCUCUGGCCAGGCAGCUCUCACGGCCCAAGAGUGCAGAGCCGCCCCGCUCACCACUACUUAAGAGGGUACAGUCAGCUGAGAAACUGGCAGCUGCGCUUGCUGCUUCUGAGAAGAAACUAGCCACUUCUCGGAAGCAGAGCCUUGACCUGCCCCACCCCGAGCUGAAGAAGGAACUGCCACCCAGGGAAGUCAGCCCUCUAGAGGUGGUUGGGACCCGGAGUGUGCUGUCUGGAAAGGGGGCGCUGCCAGGAAAGGGGGUGUUGCAGCCUUCUCCCUCAUGGGCCCUAGGCACUCUCCGGCAGGACCGGGCUGAACGGCGAGAGUCACUGCAGAAGCAGGAAGCCAUCCGUGAGGUUGACUCCUCAGAGGAUGACGCCGAGGAGGGGCCGGAGAACAACCAAGGUGUACAGGAACCAAACUUGGCACCAAGCCCAGAAGUGAGCCAGGACCCACCCCUCAGAGGAGCAGGAGAGGGUGAGGAAGAGGAUGCCUUCUUGUCCAGGGAUCCCAAGAGCCAAGGCCCAUCAGUCCCAAGCCUGUUGACAGAGACCACACUGAAGGAUCCCAGAAUGGAAGGCCCUAGUGUCCCUCAGAGGAGGCUUGGGAUCCCACAAGCCUUUGAGGAGGCUGCCAGCUCCUCAUCACACCCCCCCAGCCUAAGUAAGGCUGAACCCACAGACCCUAUCCCUCCUGAAGGCUGCUGGAAGGCCCAGCACUUCCACACCCAGGCACUAACAGCACUUUGUCCCAGCUCUUCAGGACUUCUCCCAACCAGUCACUCUGCUGUCCCCUCAACCUCUGGAGAGCCAGGCCCAUGGGCCUGGAAAUUUCUUACUGAGAGUCCAGACAGGGCAUCCCCAAGCAGAAAGGCAAUGAUGGAAGGUGGGAUGGCCAGCUCCCAGGAUUUGGAAACCAUUACUCCAGCCCACCCUGAGAACCUGUCUCCCAGAGACGAGGGGAAGUCAUGGCCACCUGGUGCCCCUGGGCCGGUCCAUCCACCUUGUGAGUUUCCCCGCCAAAGCUGGUUGUGGGAGCCUGAAUGUGCACAAAUAGAGAAAGAAGAGCCAGCCCUGGGCAUCACCAAAGUGCCUGAUGCCUCAGGUGAUAGGAGGCAGGACAUUCCACGCAGAAGCUGCCCCCUCACCCAGGAGCCUGGGCCCAGCCCACUCCAGAGGGGCCGAGACCCAGUGGGCCCUCAAAAGCAUCAGGACUUGGGAUUGGUGCCUGAUGAGCUUUUAAAGCAAACAUAGCAGUUGUUUGCCAUUUCUUGCACUCAGACCUGUGUAAUACACGCUCUUGGAAACCA